GAUUUAGCAGAGUGAGCUCCCAUCUAAGCCCCGCUCAGUCUGUCCGGUCCUGCUCUUUAUUAUCCUUGACCUCACCCGGAAACAGACCGUGUUGUGUUGUUGUUGUGAAGAUGGAGGAUGUGGCGGAGCUUCUCGCGGUGCUGUUUAUUUGCAUUGUUUUGCACGUUAUGCAGUAUAAGAGCCAGUCGCUGGACGCCGCCAAACAGAUGCGCUCCAAACGGUGUCACCGUUUCUUUACAGAGCUGAAUGCGCGGAGGAGGGCGAGGAGGAAGAUGCUGCUGGGGAUCCUGCCCAAGCCUCGCAGGUCUCCGGUGGUGUGGGCGAGGGAGCGCAGCACGGAGUGGUGGCAGGAGACGGUGCUCGGCUGCUUCACGGAGAUCGACUGGCUGGAGAACUUCCGCAUGAAGAAGAGCACUUUCUUCUACAUCGUCUCCGAGCUGCAGCCGCUGCUGGAGCACCAGAAGACCAAGUUCAGAGACCCGGUGAGCGUGGAGAAGCGGGUUGCCAUCGCGCUCUGGCGCUUCGCCACCAACCUGGAGUACCGCAGCAUCGGCCAGCGCUUCGGCGUGAGCCGCACCACGGUGUACCGCUGCGUCCGGGACGUCUGCCUGGCCAUCACCAGGGUGCUGAAGCCCAAGUUCCUCAGCAAGCCCACCGAGGCUGACUUCAAGAGAGCCAGCGAGGGAUUCCGAGAGAUCUGCGGGCUCCCAAUGUGUGCUGGAGCCGUCGACUGCACCCACAUCCCCAUCAUCGGACCUGAGGAGAACCACGCAGACUACUACAACGCCCAGGGCUGGCAUUCCGUGGUGCUGCAGGGCAUCGUGGAUCACAGGGGCAGGUUCUGGGACGUGUCUGUGGGGCACCCCGGCAACACCCACGACUCCCAUGCCCUGCGCAUGUCCAGCAUGUGGCAGAAGGCCAGCAGUGGAACGCUGUUCCCCAGCCACAGCGAGGAGCUGUGUGGCUGCACGCUGAGCUACAUGAUUGCUGGGGACUCGGGGUACCCUCUCAAGCCCUGGCUCAUGAGACCCUACUCCGGCAGGGAGGAGCUGACGGCCCCCCAGCGCGACUUCAACGCCAGGCUGGGCAGGGCUCACGCGGUGGCGGAAGGGGCUUUUGGGAGGCUGAAGGGGAGGUGGAGGUGUCUCCUGAAGCGGAACGACUGCCAGCUCCACAUCCUGUCCAGCCUGCUGCGCGCCUGCUGCAUUCUGCACAACAUCUGCGAGGCCAGCGAGGACCGCUUCUUCCUGGACUGGCUGGAGAGCGACAAGGCAGAGGACUUCCCUCAGCCCAUGUGUCAAGCUCAGGACCGGGGGGAGGAGGAGGAGUCUGAACCCAUCAGGAGAGCGCUGUGCCAGUAUCUCAGCUCAGGACUGGGGGAGGGAGGAGGAGUCUGAACCCAUCAGGAGAGCGCUGUGCCAGUAUCUCAGCUCUGAACCCAUCAGGAGAGCGCUGUGCCAGUAUCUCAGCUCAGGACGAGGAGGGAGGAGGAGUCUGAACCCAUCAGGAGAGCGCUGUGCCAGUAUCUCAGCUCUGAACCCAUCAGGACAGCGCUGUGCCAGUAUCUCAGCUCUGAACCCAUCAGGAGAGCGCAGUGCCAGUAUCUCAGCUCUGAACCCAUCAGGAGAGCGCUGUGCCAGUAUCUCAGCUCUGAACCCAUCAGGAGAGCGCUGUGCCAGUACCUCAGCUCUGAACCCAUCAGGACAGCGCUGUGCCAGUAUCUUAGUACCAUGUGACUCCAGUCCUGGCAUUCACAACAUGCUUAGGUUAUUGAAUUGACCGACGAUCACAAUCAACCGCCUGGUAACCCUCUGAAUGAACUGAUCGCUCGUCUCAUCACAGCAUGGCUAAGGCAUUGCAGCGAGUCCGUAGGGCCACUAGCUGGAGUUGCUCAUGUAGCUAAAAGGGAGGCACAAUUUAUCAAUGAUUUAUAAACUCUAUUUGAGUAAUGUGAUUGGGGGUAAUUCUAAACCCAGGACUGGAUGCAGAGCUUGUAAUGCUAGGUGUGUGCCCGUGGGACCUGCAGGAACCAACAUGCUGUCAUUCACUGUCACUGUUAGAGAGUGUUCCCCUGGGAGAGCUCCACAAGUUUACAUUGAAUUGGGUUCAUUCACCCCAGGAGGUACACAAGGAAUUGAGCAUUUGUACAAAAAACUGACACAAGGAAGCUGACAAUUUGGAUGGCUAGAUCCAACCUGUCAGUACAUUUGAACCCUGUUUCGUGCAUCACCUCAUCAUUUGUAUUUGUGGGACACAUGGGUCCCUUGUAGCUUAAAGGGUUAAGGAUAGUCAUUGUUAUAUUUUAUGUAAAUAAUAACUGGAAAUUUAAUUAAAUAUGUUUUUUUUCUUA